CACGGGCUCCUAUGGCUCAGUCAAGUUUGACUGAGUGUCCUGAACACAACAGGAAAAUCUGAGAGGAUACAGAAGUUUGUUUGGAAUGGAAUUGAAAAGUUUUUACUUAUUCUGAAGAACAAGACUGGCAGCAGUAAACACAGACAGCUGGUAACAAGACCAAAGAGAAAUACUCACUGGCUUUAAUCAUUUGAAAGGUUCCUGGGAAAAGGAUCUGUUACCCCCCUCUUUUCCCAUGUUCCUGCGUAGAAGGUCCAUGUGAGGCAGAGUGCCCAAAGAAGACCAGCAUCAUGCCGAAUACUUGUGCAAGGGUCACCUUGGGAGUCUGACCAACCAUGUGCGAAUGGACACCCACCACCGCUGGUCUCUACUCUGACCUCACCAUAACUGGCUCAGCCCUCCAUGGGCUGCAACUUCAUUCUUAUCCUUUUCCCCUGGUAUGCUUGUCUCUGAUCUUUCUGGCUUGCUCUACUCUUGGAGGUUGCCCACAUGCACUGGGGCAUGACCCCUUUCAUGUGCUGGCACUGGGUACGAACUGCUCAUGGACUCUGGAGCGGCACACACGCAGCUAUAACCACCUAGAGGGUGACGUCCGCCUGCGACGCCUCUACUCCGCCAACAAAUUUUUUCUCUGCAUCGACAAGACGGGCAAGGUGGAUGGCACCCGUCGGAAGAAUUACGCUGACAGUCUGAUGGAAAUCCGAUCAGUCAGUGUGGGAGUUGUCGCCAUCAAAUCUGUCAGCACCGGCCUGUACUUAGCUAUGUCCAAAAAAGGCACGCUCUUUGGAUCGGUCAGAUACAACACCAGCUGCAAGUUCAAAGAGCGCAUUGAAGAAAAUGGCUAUAAUACCUAUGCCUCCCUACGCUGGAAGCACAGGGGGAGGCAGAUGUUUGUGUCGCUGAACGGCCGAGGGAAACCACGUAGAGGACACAGAGCUAGACGGAGGCACCCAUCGACCCAUUUUCUACCUAUGCUCCCCACAUAGCUGCACUUUUCUUUAUGAGGAAGACUAUUCAAAUCAUGGACAUAAUUUCAGCCCAUCUACCCCACAUAUUUACAUUUAUGUGCAUUUGAUGGGGACUUAAAUGUUAUUAAGUUCUGGAUUGUCUGCUUUUACUUUUUUUUUUAUUCAACUGAGUUGGUUGUUCAGAAAUAAUAUUAACAAAAAGCUCUGGUACACAAUGAUGAAAAUUCUCCAAACAUAACGUUGAAAUGUAAUUAUUGAUAUUUGGUUUUUGCACAAUUAUGUUGUCUAUCCAAUGUGUAUAGUUUAAGGGCAUUACUUCCAAAUUGACUAAAAUGGUAAAACAUAUGUUAAACUAAAAAGACAAUGUUAAGAUACACCAUUUGAUUGACACAAUGGUGGAAACCUUUGGAGAACCUUUAGUCACCCUUUCAAAAAUGGCAGUUUUCUGAGGAACUCAAAAAAUGGAACUCGUACACUCACUGAGCACUUUAUUAGGAGCACCUGCACACCUACCUAUUCAUGCAAUUAUCUUACAAUUGUAAAAUGAAGUACAAUGCAUAAAAUCAAGCAGAUAUGGGUCAGAAGCUUCAGUUAAUUUUCACAUCAACCAUCACCCACCCCCGCUGUAUGCACACACACACACACGCACACUGGAACCACCUGGAAGCAUCCGAGACACCAAGGCAUUUUGAGGACACAACAUUGUUUGAGGUAAGUAACGUUAACUAAUGUUACAAAAUCCAUUGCAGUUAUCUACUUGUCCAAACACAAUUGCAUCUUUAUCAGUGUAUGACAGCAAACAGAUAACGUUACUGUAGAUUAUCAUUGAUAAUAAUGUUAAUCUAACGUUAGCUAAUUAAGGCAACAUUAACGUUAUCAAACGAAGUUAGCUAUCAGUCUCCUUGCUUAUGUCGACUGACACAUUUGGCAGCUUGUCAUGAAAAACAAUGUAUUAUGUAUGUCACGUUAUAUUUAGCUAGCUAACGUUAGCUAACUAUCUAACAUUAAUGUUAUUACCAGCAGCUCUGGAAACCUGGUAAUCAUCACAAUUAAUUUCUAUACAACCAAUGUGUUUAUGAUUAAAUUACUACUAUAGCACAAAAAUGUUUACAAGAGCACAAAGUUCUUCUUAGAGCUAGCCUUUUAAUUUUGCUCUCAAAGUGCACCAGAUUGAUGCAUUUAACUUUAAAAUGUACAAAAUACUAUUACAAAGGAGCAUGCCCCUGGACCCCCCUAGAGGGUCCGAGGUCCACCCACCAGUCUCACAAAAUCAUGUGGGAAACGCUGAACGUCAUUAUAAACGAUAGGAUUUGAGGCACUUUAACUAUAUAUUGAAGUUCUGUCAGUUCACAAUAGGAUAUUUGAGUGCCUAGAUAUUCUCCAGAGGGAUCCACAAGUGAUCUAAUAAACUCCAAACAGUGCUUAUAGCUUUUAAUUUUUAUUGUAAUAGUCUAUGGCCUUAGAAGCUACCAGUCUUCAAUCAGUCCUCAACAAUGGAACUUCACUCAGAUAUUGCUGAUUCCAUCCUGUUAGCAUGCAACAAGGAUCAUCAUUAAUGAAGAACAAACACAGAUAUGGUUACCUGAGUCCCCAUCGCAGAUGGACAAUCCAUUAGACAAGAAGUCACAUUCAGCAUUCAGAAUCUAUGACAUGCAAAUAAAUUCAUUUCUCAGAUUUCCUUUUAGCAUAACAGACUUCCUGUAACUCUCUGAAAAUCUGUUUUUAUACCCAUACUGUAUGCUCUUACUAUGUCACAUUAACAUAUCUUUUUUCACAACUUGUUGCA